AAAUAUUCAGCGUUCGAUCUGAAUUAACGAUCCAGAUUACGUUGAUCCAUAAAAUAAUAACGCAACAAACUCCCUUUACACGCAGUAACCGCAUUUCUGAAAACUGAAAAACAAAAACGCAAACAAAGCCCUAACAAUCUUAGAUCAAAAAAGAAAAGCUGGCCACCAUGGAAAAGGAGGUAGAGUUUGAGAAAAAGAAGCACGCCCUGAAGCACAUAGCUUUCGUGAGGGUGGCUGCGAUCCGCACGCUGGUUUACGUCUCGAAUCUUUACGGGUAUGCUAAACAGAAUUCUGGUCCGUUACGAUCCACCGUUGGGACCGUCGAGGGUGCUGUCGCCGCCAUCGUUGGCCCGGUCUACGAAAAAUAUAAGGACGUUCCCGAUCAUCUUCUUGUUUUUCUUGAUUCCAAGGUAGAUGAGGCUUCACAGAAAUAUGACGAGCAUGUCCCACCAGCAGGUAAGCAAAUGGUGAACCAAGCCAAAGAUUUGGCUCACAUGGCAGCACAAAAGGCUCACAAAUUAAUCGACGAGGCUCGAACCAACGGUGCGCGCGGCGCUUUGCACUACGCCGCGACCGAGUACAAGCAGUUGGUUCUGGUUAGCUCAACCAAGGUGUGGGUAAAACUGAAUCGCAGUUCUGCUUUCCAAUCGGUUGCAGAGAAGAUCGUUCCCACAGCUUCGAAUUUGUCCGACAAGUAUAACUGUUUGGUUAAAGACAUGAGCGGGAAAGGAUAUCCUGUGUUUGCGUAUCUGCCAUUGAUUCCGGUUGGUGAGCUGAGAAAAGCUGUCAAGCAAGCUGAAGCCAAGGACAAAGCACGUGUCACUGCCGACACUCGUAAAUCGGAUUCCGAUUCUGGUUCGGGUUCGGGUUCAGGUUCCGAUUCGGAUUCAGGUUAGGGAACUUUUUCUUUGGUUUGUCUCGUCUCAUGAACUCAAGAAUCUGAUGCUCUAAAUCAUAACUUUUUUCUCUAUAAAAAAAUGCUCAUAAAUCAAAUAUUUCAUAUUUGACGGUUCCGCCAUUGUAAAGUUGGAUGCUUAUUUUAACUCUUUGCAAUGUAUAAAUCAAAUAUGAAUUGCUCA